CUAGCUUAUUCUUUUUCUGGGCAGAGAGAGCUCUCGGGAAAGUUGUCAGUUCAUGAGGUAUGGAGCACAAAGUUGGAACCUUUUUCAUCUCCAGCAGAGCUAAAACCAGAAGGUUAAUUGCAGGUGGUGGGUUUAAAGUUCAGCAAGACUAAUGAUUCCAGGGUUUAUUGGAUUCCAAGCAAAAAAAGGUUUGAAGUGGGAGGUGGGUCUUUUGGAAUUGAUUUUUACUGGAAUAGUAAAACCAAGCAUGGUUUAGGUCUCCAUGGAAGUUCAUUUACAUGGUUGGCUGAAGGGUAGAAGGUAGUUUUUUAAGAAAGUUCCGAGGGAGAAGAUGAAGAGGAAGGAGACUCAAGAUUCAACAUCAAGCUCCACAACAAAUGGAAGAGCAAGGAGCAGCUGCUCAGCUCAAUCAAGACAAUCAGCACGUGCCAAAAUUGAUCAAACUCCAAUCGAUGCAAAGCUAGAUGAGGAGUUUGAGGAAUCGGAGCAGCACGCCUUUGACUACUCCACCUCGGUUAACCUCAACGCCUCGAAUUCCACCGGCAACAAUGUCCCUUCAUCUGAAGCAGUCUCAGCAUACCUCCAGAAGAUGCAAAGGGGCAGGCUCAUUCAGCCUUUUGGCUGCUUAAUUGCUGUUGAGGAACAAAGUUUCAAGGUCCUAGCUUACAGUGAAAAUGCUCAGGAGUUGCUGGACUUCAUGGGGCAGCAAGAGGCACUUGCUUUCGGUAUGGAUGUUAGAAGAUUCUUUCGUUCAUCUGGUUCAGCUGCCUUGCAGAAGGCUGCGAAUCAUCCAGAACUCAACCUCCUCAACCCGAUUUUAGUCCACUGCAAGACUUCAGGCAAGCCGUUCUAUGCCAUCCUUCAUAGAAUCAAUGUUGGGUUGGUUCUUGAUCUUGAACCGGUUAAUAUGUCCGACCUGCCAUUGACUGCUACUGGUGCAUUGACUUCUUACAAGAUUGCUGCUAAAGCCAUCUCGAAACUACAAUCUGUACCUAGUGGAAGUGUAAAUCUGUUAUGUGAUGUUCUAGUGAACGAACUUCGGGACUUAACAGGUUAUGAUAGAGUAAUGGUGUACAAAUUUCACGAUGAUGAGCAUGGUGAGGUUGUUGCAGAAUCUGUUAGGUCUGACUUGGAGCCGUAUCUUGGGUUGCAUUAUCCCGCUACCGAUAUCCCUCAAGCUUCGCGGUUUCUGUUUAUGAAGAAUAAAGUUAGAAUGAUAUGCGACUGCUUAGCUCCUUCUGUAAAGGUAACACAAGAUAAGAGCUUGGCUGAGCCAAUUAAUCUCUCCAGUUCAACUCUAAGAGCUCCACAUGGGUGCCAUGCUCAAUACAUGGCUAACAUGGGUUCCAUUGGAUCGCUAGUCAUGUCUGUUACUAUUAAUGACAAUGAAGGGAGAAAGCUGUGGGGGUUGGUUGUUUGUCAUCAUACAACGGCGAGAUUUGUUCCAUUUCCGUUGAGGUACGCCUGUGAGUUCUUGAUUCAAGUUUUUGGUGUUCAGAUUAGUAAAGAAGUGGAGAUUGAAGCUCAGAGGAAAGAGAAGCACAUCAUACAAACUCAAACUUUGCUCUGUGACAUGCUUCUUAGAGAUGCUCCUGUAGCAAUUAUGACUCAGAAACCGAAUGUAAUGGAUCUUGUUAGAUGUGAUGGAGCUGCACUUCUCUAUAGGAAGAAAUGUUGGCUGCUGGGAGUUUCCCCGAGCGCUGAACAGAUGAAGGAUAUGGUGGAAUGGUUGCUUGAGUAUCAUGGUGAUAGCACAGGGUUAACUACGGAUAGUAUUAUGGAAGCCGGUUAUCCAGGAGCUUCAGUUCUUGCUGAUGCAAUUUGUGGCAUGGCUGCUAUAAGGAUAACUUCAAGAGACUUCCUCUUUUGGUUUAGAUCUCACACGGCGAAAGAGAUCAAGUGGGGUGGUGCGAAACACGACCCUGAUGAUAAGGACGGUGGUCUGAGAAAGAUGCAGCCGAGAUCUUCAUUCAAGGCAUUUCUAGAGGUGGUUAAGUGGCGGAGCUUGCCUUGGGAGGAUCUUGAAAUGGAUGCUAUUCAUUCUUUACAGCUGAUAUUGAGAGGCUCAUUGCAAGAUGAAGAUUUGGUCAAUGAUGAUUCGACAGUGAUUUCUGACAAGAGAAUCCAGAGGGUGGAUGAGUUGAGGAGAGUGACGAAUGAGAUGGUUCGUGUAAUAGAAACGGCUGCUGCUCCCAUCUUUGCUGUUGAUGGUUCAGGUUGUGUAAAUGGGUGGAAUUCAAAAGCAGCCGAACUUACUGGAUUGAGUGUAGAACAAGCAAUUGGAGUGCCUUUGGUUGAUAUUGUCGACGGCGAUUCGAUUGAUGUGGUCAAGUCUGUUCUGUUGUUAGCUUCUGGAGGCAAAGAAGAGAAGAACAUGGAAAUCACCUUCAGAACGUUCGGUCCUAAGGAAAACGAUGGCCCGGUCUAUCUCGUGGUUAGUGCAUGCUGCAAUAGAGAUGUCAAGGGAGUGAUAGCAGGGAUCUGCUUUGUCGGGCAAGAUCUCACUCGACAGAGGAUGGCAAUCGAUCAAUACAACCAUGUCAAGGGAGACUACCUAGGAAUCAUUCGGAACAAGUCUUCCCUCAUACCCCCCAUUUUUAUGAGCGACGAGCAUGGCAAAUGCAUAGAGUGGAAUGAAGCAAUGCAGAGUUUAACUGGCUUGAAGAGGGAAGAAGCUGUCGAUCGAUUACUUCUCGGUGAAGUUUUCUCCGCUGGUGAUACCUCUGGCUGCUGCCGAGUCAAAGGUCAUGACACUUUGACCAUGCUAAGGAUCUUACUGAACCAGGCACUCGCGGGCCAGGAUUCACAGCCAUUGUUGUUCAGUUUAUUUGAUCAGCAUGGUAAAGAUCUCGACGCUGUAGUUUCUGCAAACGGGAGAACCAAUGGUGCAGAGGGUCGAGUUUCUGGCGUGCUAUUCUUUUUAUACGUACCGAGCAGAGAAUUACAGUAUGCUCUUCAGGUCCAGAAAAUCUCGGAACAGGCUGCAUCUACUAGUCUCAACAAGCUUACGUAUGUUCGUCAGGAGGUGCAGAAAGGCUUGAAUGGUUUGUCAUUUAUGCAUAAUCUAAUGAACAGUAGUGCAGAUUUGAACGAAGAGCAGAAGCAGCUUCUCAAGACAAACAAUUUAUGUCACGAACAGUUGACCACGAUAGUCAACGACACUGAUAUUGAGAAGAUUGAAGAACUGUAUCUGGAUCUUCGAACUGUAGAAUUUAAUCUUGCGGAAGCUUUAGACGUGGUAAUGAAGCAAGCCAUGAUAUUGAGUCGAGAACGAGGAGUUAAGGUUGUUUGUGAUUUCCCAGGUGAAGUGUCGUCCAUGAACUUGUAUGGAGAUAACUGGAGGCUUCAGCAAGUUCUGGCUGAUUUCUUGACGAAUUCAAUACUCUUCACCCCACGGUUCAAUGAAUCAUCAGUGUUGUUUAAAGUAGUGUGCCGGAAGGAACGAAUGGGAGUUAAAGUGCAGAUUGUCCACCUCGAGUUUCGAAUAAGCCAUCCAGCCCCUGGUGUGCCUGAAGAUUUAGUACGGGAGAUGUUUCACUCCCGGGGUAGAGGUACCUCGAGGGAAGGUCUCGGCCUUUACAUGAGCCACAAGCUUGUAAAGGUCAUGAAUGGAAAUGUGCAGUACCUCAGAGAAGCAGAAAGUUCAUCGUUCAUUGUUCUAAUUGGGCUCCCUCUUGCCACCCAGAUUGAUCCAUUGAAGCAGCCCCCGAGUCUUAAAGAGUCGGGAUGAUGAUGAGUGGAAGAAUAUAUACAUCCAUGCAACUUUUAAGAAGGUACAAGGGACCAGGAUGCCUUGUGCUGCAAGUAACCUUGUUUAGACUAUAUAUGUAUAUUCCUUUUCUGGCUAUCCAAGCAUUUCGUGGGAUGUGAAUCUGCAGGGAAGCCGAGAAAUACGGGCAGUUACCAUGGGAGAGCUGCAAGUGCAGGCUUGUUACACUGUAUACUCUUUUACUCUACUCUGUUAUAAGUUGUAACUUGUAAGAAUGGUAGUAUGAUGCGAGUGGCGAUUCUUUUGUUUUUUUAGUUUAACGUUCCAAUGAGAAGCUUUAGCUUCGAAUCUGCCUUUCCUGUUCGUUGGAUGAGCUUAAUCGGCCAAAGUUAUGGCAUCUCUAAAAUGGGGUUUUCGUGAAGGG